AUGACAGAACAGAAAAAGGCUAUUGGACUCGGCUGGCAGCUCGGAUUCGCUGCUGUCUCCGGAUGUGGUGCUACCGUUGUGGUUCAGCCAAUGGAUCUCAUCAAAAACAGAAUGCAAACAUCGAAAGGCCUUGGAGUAGGGCAAUGCGUAAAAAGUAUCAUCGCGGAAGGUGGACCCACCGCUAUGUGGACUGGCCUUGGAGCUGGUCUCCUUCGCCAAUGCUCUUACACGACCGUCCGCUUGGGCGUCUAUCGUAAAAUGGAAGAAUCAUACACUGCGAGAAACUUCGGGGAGAAGCUUCUCAUGGGAGGGAGCGCAGGAUUUGUUGGCUCCCUAUUUGGAAACCCAGCCGAAGUGGCGUUAAUUCGAAUGUGCGCCGACGGAAAUCUUCCAGUUAGUGAAAGAAGAGGCUACACGUCCGCCUUCAACGCCUUAUCUAGAAUAGUAAAGGAAGAGGGCCUUGCGACCUUGUGGCGCGGAUCUACCCCAACCAUCGCUCGAGCAAUUGUCGUCAAUGCCGCCCAGUUGGGAACUUACUCGCAAGCAAAGGAAUCCAUCAAAAGUGGUGCUGGCUUGAAUGAGGGUAUUCUUCUUCACUUCUGCGCCGCCAUGGUCAGUGGAAUGGUCACCACGAUCGCUUCCAUGCCCGUCGAUAUCGUGAAAACGCGACUCCAAAACCAAAAGUUCGUCAACGGAGUUCCAGAAUACAAGGGGGUCUUUGAUGUCUUUGGCAGAAUCAUCAAGGCCGAAGGCGUGCUAUCUCUCUGGUCUGGCUUCUGGCCUUACUAUUUCCGACUUGGCCCACAUACUGUUCUCACAUUUAUUUUUGUUGAACAGCUGAAGGGCCUCUACCUCAACUCCACGAAGUAA